AUGCACUAUAAGACGCACAUGCCAGCGCGGUUUUCUGUAGACGAUCAGAUGGCUGAGGCAUUGGUAUCGCAAGAACUCAUGGGCAACCGCCAGAAAAAGAAUUUUCUUAAACUUUUUCGCAAGUAUUCCAAAGUCAAGACGAGUUCCAUUGAUUGGAACUCGGUGAAGCCACCAACGAGCGGCAUGUUGACGAGCAAUACCUCGAUAGAAAGCUGCCCGAACGACAUGAAUCUGCGCCACGAGCUGCUCGACAAACUAGUCAUACUUAAACUCAAUGGUGGUCUUGGCACAACAUUGGGUUGCGAAGGACCCAAAAGUGCAAUAGAAGUCCGACAAGAUUUGUCCUUUCUUGAUCUUACCGUUCGCCAAGUGGAGUAUUUGAAUAGUGUUUAUGGUGUGGAUGUGCCACUUGUGCUCAUGAAUUCGUUUAAUACUCAUGAAGAAACUGUGCGCAUUAUCCGCAAGUACCGUAUGCACAACCUGAGUAUUCACACGUUCAAUCAGAGCUGUUACCCGUUCAUCAUCAAGGAGACGAUGUUGCCUCUUCCGAAUACCAAGUACGACCGCUUAACACGCGAUAAGUGGUUUCCUCCUGGUCAUGGUGACGUUUAUAAUGCAUUAUUUGAAUCUGGAUUACUCGAGAGCUUGAUAAAUCAGGGCAAAGAGUACAUUUUUAUAUCAAAUGUGGACAAUCUUGGGGCUACAGUAAAUUUGGACGUGCUGUAUCAUAUGAUUAAUGAAGACUCUGAGUUUGUCAUGGAAGUGACCGAGAAAACCCGCGCAGAUGUCCAGGGAGGCACACUUGUAAGUUACAAAGACAAACCUCAUCUUUUAGAAGCCAGCCAAGUGCCGCCAGGACAUUUGGAUGAUUUUCGUGCAAUAAACAAGUUCGAGACGUUCAACACAAACAAUCUGUGGGUGAAUCUGCGUGCAAUCCAGAGACUGGUGGCUCAGGACCUCAUCGACAUUGAGCCUCUUGUAACUUGUCGCACCGUGAAGAACCAUAAAGUUGUACAGCUCGAGACUGCAGCAGGUGAAGCAAUCCAUUUGUUCAAAAAUUUCAUCGGACUGAAGGUGCCUCGCUCUCGAUUUUUACCGGUUAAAUCCUCGUCGGAUCUUUUCCUUGUGCAGUCGAACUUGUAUCAAAUAAAGCACGGUAGUUUGAUCAUGAAUCCAGCUCGAACCACACUUACGAUUCCCAUUGUAAAGCUUGGUCUCGAGUUUCAGAGCGUAAAAGAGUAUCUUAUGCGCUUUGAACACGGAAUUCCUAAUAUUACGGAGUUAGAUCACCUUACUGUCGCCGGCGAUGUUAAAUUUGGUUCCAACAUUACACUAAAGGGAACCGUAAUUCUUGUUGCAAAUGAAGGGGCACAUAUCGACCUGCCGGAUGGAACAGUGUUAGAGAACAAGGUGGUGACCGGUAACCUACGCAUUUUGGAUCACUAG